GCCAAACGAGACAAAUUGCUUGAAACGCUUGAUUCAACUUUUUCCAACAUUGUACCAUUUCGAAUAAAUAUCACAUACCUGAAAAUUCACCUAAUAAUAGCAUGACGUGCUCCAAGUUAAGAUCGAUAAUUUAACGGUGUACCAUAUGAAGUACAGUAUUUAUGGUGGACUACUUGCAAUAGGACAGAUUUUCAGCAAGCACUUUCUCAAAGUAAAUGUGCCAUAAACUAAAAACACCAGUGGAUCGUCACAUACGAUAAAAGGGAAUAAAAGAUGGCCAGGCCGAUGAAAGUAAAGAAAAUACUGUACAUAAGUAUCACAAUUGUUAUGAUAUUCGUUAUACUAUCAUAUAAACAUACAACAAAAGAUACUGUAUUAAAACGUCGUGAUAUUCCUAUUGAUAGAACCACUGAAAUCAAAGAAAUAUCCUUGGCGACAAUGGACGUUUUUGAUAAAGAUGAUUUGACUUUACCAGAUGGCUGGUGGGUUUCGCGCAAAGAUAUAUGGAAAGAGGAGAACGACUGUGGAACUGAAGGACUUCAGUCACACUGUGCAAAGGUAUUAGUCACAAAGUGUCGACCUAAAUCUAAAAACAUGAACUUAUUCAUACCUUUAAAGCAAAAUGAGGCACUGAGAGGAUUUUAUUUGUCACUUAGAAGCAGUGGAAAGAAUCUUGUCAUGAACAGAACUCUUUUCAGUGAUGAUGUAUUUUUCUUUGGUGCAAUGGUAGCCGUGCGACAUUCUGACUUUUCUACCCAGAUAUUGGAGAUGAGUCUUCCACCAGGAGGUGAAGGAUACACAAAAUCUGACCUUCAUAUUGUCCCAUUCGGAAAAGCCAGUGUAACAAGCAUAACAAUUGCCUUAACUUGCCAUGGAUUUGUUGGAAAGGCAAAAUUUACGGAUAUACAACUUAAACCAAUUCUUAACACUCAAUUGUCCGACAUUUCACCUUCAGAUUUUGUUGAAUCAUGUCCAACUUUGCCUUCACCACUUCCUGAUACGCCCAAGUUUAAAAUGAAGCAUGUUGUCAUAUCAAAGGGCAAGUUUGACGUAGAGAAUAGUAUGUUAACACUAAUAACCCAACUGUCAUUAGCUCGUUUGGAUGCACUAGAACGAGUAAUUAAAAUAUGGGAUGGCCCUGUCGCAGCACUAGUUGUCUACGUACCCUUGGUUGAAGGUGAUGACAUUGAAGACCAGGAAAAACAGAGACAGCUUGCACACACCAGGAUCAUGAAAGUUUUAAACUCAGGAAGGAUACGGAACUGUCAUAUAAUAUACGUUUAUGGUAACCAGCCGGAUGAAGAGUAUCCGGUGAAUCAUCUACGAAACAUUGGUAUACGUACUGUCAAAACUGAAUAUAUGUUCAUUUUAGAUGUCGAUUUUAUUCCCUCUUCAGAUUUUCAAAAGUCAUUUGAACUUGCCUUCAAAAGACAAUAUCAAACGGCAUCUGAAGCAAGAUUUAAAAAGGAAGUAUAUGUUUCCCCGGCGUUUGAAUGCGUACAGGCCUGUGGCGAAGGGCAUUUACCCCGACAAAAGCGUGAUCUCAUAGAUACUGUCAGUAAAAAGAAGCCCGAUGUUCAGAUUUUUCGAGGACGUGUUGCCCCUGAUGCUCAUGGGUCAACUGAUUAUGCACAGUGGUAUACUACCGACAAGAUGUAUAGUACCACGAAUUAUCAAAACAGUUACGAACCGUACAUAAUAAUUCGUAAACAUGACAAUAUCCCUGUUUUCGAUGAACGUUUCAGCGCCUACGGCAUGAAUAAAGUCGGCUUUAUGAUGGAAUUAAAAGCGUCCGGAUAUGAGUUUGUUGUCCUACCUGACUGUUGGGUCACGCAUGUGCCCCAUGAGAACAGUCCUGACAAAAACAAAUUCUUGCAUAGUCGUAUUGAAAAGCUCAAGAAUCGUAUACUGAGAUUCGAAUAUUUGUUAGAUUUGAGCAGAAAGUACAGAAUUGGAAAAUGUCAAACUCAAACUUAAGUAUCCAAAAGGAUUAAGUAUUGUUAUCCUAUAUGUAUAUUAUUAUUUCACAAUGUACAAUUACUCUUAUGGCUUUUAUGUAUAUUCACCCAUGGUAAAUAGUGUAGUGACCAGUGCAAUACAUGCCGAGGAUAUAUACGAGGGUCGUUUAAUAAGUAUUGAUACAAAUGCUCUCAUUCUUGAGGAAUCAACAUGAACUAUUCAGGAAUUUAAUGUACUACGUAGGUUUAAGUGCUGACAAUUUGUUAUGAAUUUAUUCCUAGCAGUUAGUAGGCAACAACACAUUUAAUAUAUAAAGAUGAGUUAGACUAAGACCAAGACAAAAAGCAGCUUCUUCUUUCCUCGCUUUAACUGCAAGAGGCAUGUAUGUAUAUCAUCAGUAUCAUUCUAUGGGACCAUUACAUUGCAAUGUUCUUUGAUUUGCGUGCAUCGAAAUCAUGUUCUUUUACAAUUGAUUCCAUUUUGCUCAAAUCAUACAUUAGUUGUCAUCAUUUAUUAAACAAUGUAAUCUAAAAAAGUAAACAAUUAGGUGCUUUAGUGUAUAAAUCAAUAUUGUUCAUAUAGCGGAUUUGUUUGUUAGUGUUAUACGAUGUAUGUCGUGGUAUGAACAGAAACGGGUCAUACUGAAGAAUUGGAUUAGUAUUCGCCAAAGAAUUUACAUUUGUAUGGUGAUUUUAUAUUAAUCUAUAAGUGCGUGUAGACUAUUGAAACAUCCACAGGCGUAACAGGAUAACAGCAUUGUCAAAUUGUCUCUUUUCGUAUUUUGUACAUCUUUCGAUGCUGCUAAGCCUAAAUUAAAAAUACGAGGGUAUAUCAAUUAAUACUCAUAAAUGUCUCUUAAAGUUUUUUUUCAUUAAAACGUUUUUUGUAAUAUAGGUGGGCAAAAAAGAGUCCACAUUUUUUAUUUCGAUACAACUUUUUACUAUUAUAAUAAUCAU